AUGCAACAGUACGGAGCUAAUGACUUUGGUAAUAGUAGCACAUAUCGUGGUCAGUUUUCGAAUGCUAACAGCUUAUGUCGUAAUGGGAGUCUUGUGGAUUCGAAUUAUUCCGCUCUGACAACAAUUUUCCACCGUAGAUCAAAGCAGUACAAUAAUCGCUUCGGUCAUAAGAAUCAACAAAAUGCUGUCAACAAUAAUACCAUGGCAAAUAUAAAUGGAAAUUGCAUUGUAAGAAGUGCAAGUCGAGAAACCAGUUCAGCAUCCGCGGGUAGUGUUAUUUCGGGCGAUCCAGAUGAAGAUGGCUUUUUAUCAGGAUCAGGGCUAGAAAUCGAAUCUGAUGAUUUGCGCUGUAUGGAAAGGCGAAGCGUCGCAUUGAUGACUGAAAAAGAGUCGAUUCGCUCCAUAAGUACCCAGACAGUUGAUGAUGCGAACUCAGACCUAUUAUUGGCUAUGUGCAAAAUGAAGCGUUCACAACGAGUUGAAGCUAUUGCAGAGGUGAUUCAAUGCUUGAAUGCUUAUGAGCAAAGAUACAUAGGAUCAUGCGUAGAAACAGCUGUACGUUCAAAGUCAUUGUAUCUUCGUCAGUAUGAAUUGCGCUACAAUGAUGCUUAUUUUUUACAAAAUUUCGUAGAAUCGGCAUCAUACAGUCGACUUCUUGAACUUGCCUUUCCGAUAUUGUGUCUUUUGCAUUGUACGAAUCGCCCAGCAGCUACCGCAUAUAUGCGGCUAAUAGAGCGGCUGUACGAUGAACUUAUUGCUGCAUUUGUCAACAAAUCGUCUCUCGAAAAGGAGGAAAUGCUAGAUUCGUUGCUUAUGGUGGUUUCCGCAGCACAACAUCAUGCAGCUUUUUCUGUGGAACAUAAAAUCAAGCUUGAAAAUAUUCGAACAUACUUGGAAACUUUGUCUCCUCAACCAUCUGCUCCGAUUGAGAAACAGAAUUGUGAAGCUUCUACAUCCGAAAAUGACGAUGUACCGGUUGUCAUAUCUCGUUUAGAUGCUGAAGUUACGAAUGACGAUUCUUCUCCGAAUAUAUUUUCAAUAUUGAUAGAAUGGAGUGAUAUGAAAACAUCAUAUAUUGUUAGAACGGCCGAUCAAAUUGCUGAUUUGCAUAAUCGUUUGUUGGAUAGUUUCCCGAGUGAAGCAGGAGCUCAAACGGGAAAUCCCCGCGUUCUCCCUUAUCUCAAUCGUUCACAACCUAAUUCUAUUUUGGGCUACAUUCGUGCACUGCCAGAUCUCCCAGCUCGUGUCUUGGUUUGCCCGAUAGUGCGUGAUUUCUUUUAUCCAUCCCGAUUAGAAAGCUCUUCACUUUUUUCGGCUCCUCAGUCACUGAUAUCGCGUUCUUUGCCUUCUCUUAUUGAUUUGAAAAAGCCGCCAACAAGCAGUAAUACUCAUUUACCGUUCAACCCACUCUUGACCGAAGCACCUGUAUGUCAUCCUUCAUUAUCUGUUACAUUUUUACCCGUAACAACUGUUUGUUCUGCUGGUAUGAUGGGUUGUACUAGUGUAGCCUGUCCACCAUUUUCAUUAACAAACGUACCUCCACCACCCCGUGGUCCACUUUUAUCACUGGGACGGCCGCUCUCCCUAUUAGCUACUACAGCUAAUGUCCCAGCUUAUCCAUCACCGCUUUCACUACCUCCAAAUCCCAAUGGGUUAUCAUGUUGCAACUGUGCUGGUCGUCAUCCAUUUGCAUAUUGUACUCAGCCAACAAUGCUACAAAUUAUCGCAAGUGGUGAAUAUAGGAUUGAUUAUAACAAUAUGACGACGAGUAUGAAUUCGACGACUCUGCCAUCCGAGGUGACGGGAAGUGUUGCAUCAGUCAAUAAUUCCAUUUCACCAAUAUCGGCAAAUUUUUCCACACCAUCACUGGCUCCAAAUUCAUAUUGA